AUUGAGCGAUCCAGGUAGUGCUGGGUGCAUGUAGGGGUCCAGAUGGUGAUGGGGGAAGGGGGUGGCUGUUAUGAGUCCUGUUGUGAUGUGGGGGUAUAGAGACCCCGAUGGUGAUCAGUGCUCGGGUCAUUGUCUCUCCGGAAAAAGUCAGGACUGUCACUGUUCUGACACCGGAAAAUCGGCGCUUAACGUCCUAAAAAAGCAGCGAAGACAGACAUUCACCGGGGCCUGGCUCUGACCGCGGAGGGACGGAGGGAGGGCCGGAGUAGGCCAAGCCGGGCCCUCGGCUCUCAUUUCCGGCUCAAGUUCCGGCGAGAGAAGCGGCGGAAAACUGCUGGAGAAAUGUCCCGGCAAUUAACAGCUCCCAAAUGGGUUGCUGGUUGGCUGUGUUCAAGGCUAAACAUCAGCUUCAUAUUCCAAGAAUACCUGACAAGACAGCAGAAAACGUGCACCUACAACAAAAGAAAACAUCCUAAUUGUAUUCAUGCUCAGAGAACAUUAUGGACAGAUCACACCUGUCUCAAGAGACAAAUUCUUAGGAAAGGAAUUGCGCGGAAGAAUGUACUUUGCUUACCUCUCUGUUUAACAUACAGCAGUUUUAUAAGAACUUACCUUACAAAAUCAUAUCCUGUUUUAAAUGGAAGUAUUCAGCCAAUUCACCGACAUGUUUUUGAAUUCAACUUGCGCAACAGUAUGGCCUGUGGUGAAAGGUAUUUGGAACUGAUGGAGCAGGUAACCAAGGGUGGAGGUGAUAAAGCAAUUUUGAGGCACACCCAGAGGAAUAAAAAACUCCUGGUCCGAGACCGUUUACAAUUACUUCUGGACAAAGGGGAGAUCCUGGAGCUGUCUCCUUUUGCUGGCCUGGGAAUGCCAUAUGGAGAUAUUCCUGCUGCAGGCUGCAUAACUGGAGUAGGAAAAGUCAGGGACGUUUGGUGUGUAUUCAUUGCUAAUGAUGCAACAAUCAAAGGAGGGACAGCCUACCCAAUCACAGUGAAGAAGCAGCUGAGAGCCCAAGACAUUGCAAUUCAAAAUGGACUGCCUUGUAUUUACUUGGUGGAUAGUGGGGGAGCAUUUUUACCACUUCAGGCAGACAUAUUUCCUGAUAAGAACCAUGGAGGACGAAUGUUCUACAAUGAAGCAGUAAUGUCAGCACUGGGCAUUCCUCAGGUAGCAGUUGUGUGUGGCUCAUGCACUGCUGGUGGUGCAUAUAUCCCAACAAUGGCAGAAGAAACGGUGAUGGUGGACAGGAUUGGGACAAUAUUCCUUGCUGGACCCCCACUUGUUAAGGCAGCAACAGGGGAAGAUGUUAGUCCUGAAGAACUGGGGGGUGCAAGUCUGCAUGCAAAGAUCAGCGGAUGCAUUGAUCAUUUUGCAGCUACAGAGGAAGAAGCAUAUGAAUGUGUCAGAAAUAUUAUCGCCACUUUAAAUCUUGAUAUUCCAUCAAACAAGAUAUCUGACUUUGAAGAGCCUCUUUAUGCAGUUGAAGAACUGAAUGGUCUUGCUCCAGGGGAUUAUGCACAUACAUUAAAUGUUAAACUGGUUCUGAGUCGUUUGACAGAUGGAAGUAAGUUCCUGGAGUUCAAAGCAUUAUAUGGAACCACGCUGGUAACUGGUUUCGCUCAGAUUAAAGGUCAUCUUGUUGGAAUUGUGGCCAACAAUGGAGAACUCACUCAUAAUGCUUCACUAAAAGGCAGUCAUUUUGUGCAACUUUGUGACCAGAGAGACAUUCCUAUCGUAUUUCUUCAAAACACACGACCAAAUGUUACCAUGGCUGGAACAUUAUCUAAGGCUGAAGAUGUUACCAACCAACUUAAGGCCCAGGGCACGAUGAUAUCAGCUGUGGCAUGUUCCACCGUUCCCAAGAUAACCAUUAUAAUUGGAGGCUGCUAUGGUGGUGAAAGUUUUCCUAUGUGCGGUAGAUCAUUUGAUCCGAACUUCCUUUUUCUAUGGCCCAAUGCCAGGAUUGGACUAGUUGGCCCAAGUUACUUCCGAGAGAUCCAGGAAUCCGAUGGUGAAAUCCAAGAUGAGACACAACUGAAGAUCAUGAAAGAAAUGCUGGAGAACGAGAGUUCUGCUUUUCACUCCUCUUCCAGAAUUUGGGAUGAUGGUAUAAUACUGCCUAAAGACACUCGGAUGCUAUAUUUCUUUCACAUUUGAAUUCCAAAUAUGCAUAAGAGCCUACUUCAUUGUUCUUCUGCCUUCACUGGUAUGAUAGCUGCCCUCUUAGUCUCAAUUUUGAAAGUUGUAAGUUUAAAAACAGUUGAUGAUUGACUGAUCUAGCAACUGUGUACCUUCUCUUUCUCCAUGGUCAAAUUGUUUAUUACUCCAGUACUAUCAUCGAGAGCAGAAACAAUAGCAAAUUUCUUAUCUCCAUCAUAAAUUGUUUCAUCUUUCUUCGUUCAUAAUCUGUGUUCACCUGGAACUCCACAUGUAAAGAACUCUGUGACUUUUUUUAUUGUUAAAAUAAAAUUCAUUUGCAAAGUUGACUCUUCUGAACCUCUUUCAACUCUUGCUUCUAAAAUAGACCUUUUUUGAAUUGACCAUUAUAUUAGUUCUGGCCUGCCAUAUAUUUUGAGUAUUGUCUUCCGUUGUCCUCUAUUUCUAGUCAAACCUGUUCUCCUUUUCCUACUUCCAAGAAGAGAUGCAAUGAUCUGGAAGCUGCUUUCUGUUAGACUUGUCAGUGCUUUGGUGAUGUUUCAAAGGUUCUCAAUCAUCAUUUAGGGUUUUUACAAAUAUAUUAAGGACAAAAGAGUAACUCGGGAGAGAAUAGGGCCUCUCAAAGAUC